AUGCCAACCAGUCUACGCGACCUCUCGCCAUUCAAGGGUAAACCCCUCUGGGAGCCCGACGACGAUGAAUGGGCCGAGCUAGACGCUACUCAAAUCUCCUCCACUUUCAAAGCGACCUUCAAAGACCCCAGCCAGUGCAGCCCUCAAAAGCCAAUAAACACCAGCACUCUGUCCCGCUUCAGCGCCACACUGACUUCCUUCAUCCCCUCCUCCCCCACAAAACGCGCUUCCGAUGCCCUCCUCCGCGAAGAAGAAGCCCUGCGAGAUAGACUGGAAGAACUGCAAAACACAUACUACUCCAGCCCUGCUGGCGACAUUUGCGACAAAGUCAUGACCUCUGUCUUCCUGCCCGGCUCCCAGUACUUCCAUCACGACCAGAGCAGAGAUUCCGUCCGCGCUCCCCACGUCAUCGACCUAGACGCUUACUUCAACACUCAAGACACGCUGGUCGGAGCCGCGUACCCGCGUCUCAGCGACGCCAUCGCUACCAUCCUCAGUCACACGAACAAGGAGUGUAUAGAAGCGUUUCUAGACCCGCGGGUGGAGGAGUUUGUGUAUAGACGAGAGGUGGAGAGGAACAAAGCAGGGAGUAUUUUUGUGGUCAGGAGGAAGGGCAAUACUGUCAUCGCAGGCUCCUACCGCAACCUCGGCUUCUCACUCUCCUGGACCCUCUACGUCAAAGCCAUGAUCGGCGCAACAGGUCUAUGCUUGGGAGACUUUUGUACCUAUUGGGACUGA